AUGACCGCCGAUAAUCGCAAAGUAUUUGAAAUGCUUGGACAACUACCACGAUUGACAUCACUCGACAUAACAAGUGUCCGAAUCAACAGAAUCAAAGAGUUAACACAUAUCAUACCGAGUACCAUUCGGAGAUUGAAAUUGCCGCAAUUCAUAAGUAAUAACAGCGAUAUCCUUUCUAUUGGCAGUGAGAUUAGUACAUUUGGCAUAUCAGAACUCAUGUUGGAACAAAUGAAAGUAAUCAGUGACCAACUCAAGAAUAUCACCAAGUUUAUAGUAAGAGAUAUACAAUCGAUGGAUGUUAAAGAACAACUGACCAAACUGUUGUGUUCACCUGAAUGUAAAAUAAAUACAUUCUAUUCAAAUAACUGUAGUGAUUGGGUCAAGAAAAUGCUCAUCACCAAUAGAACGAUAGAAACACUAGACAUCGGUGAGGAUUUGGAGGCAACAUACAAGGUAGCUAUGAUUUCACCGGGAGUCAAACGAAUCAUCUUCCACAGCUAUGGAUAUCAAUCAAUGAAUUACACAAAGACAGAGAGUCCAACUGGCUAUAUUCUCAUCAAGUCGAAAUAUCAGUACAUUGAUGUUAGUAUGGGUAGAAUAGCAACCUAUGCCAAAAAAAUGUACGAUGUCUCAGACAAUACCGAUGACAAUCUAGUAAUCGAAGCAACUCAUCCAAAUCUAAAGUUUUUAUAUUAUACUAAGCUGACCAUACUUAAGAAAGAUUUUAAAUGA